GAAGUUCCGUUUGCCCCGGAAAAGCCGGGUCAUGUUGCGGUAGUGUUCAACACUCACAUGGCAUGGCCACUGCGACGCAUGCAGACAUGGGGGAGAUUGAAAAGGAACCACUUCGGCCAAAAGUCACAGAUGCCAAGGGGAUUCUUAAACAGAACAGAGAAUUCCUCGAUUUCUUCUGGGAUAUCGCAAAACCCGAACAAGAGAUACGACUGAAAGCAAUCGAAAAUCUCAUUCAGUAUUUGAAAAAGAGCGAAAAGUCGGAUGAGCGGACGUACACUCUGAAGAGGUUGGUGGACGGUCUCUCCCACACUCGAGAGGCGGCUCGUCCAGGCUUCAGCUUGGCCCUUGCACAGGUCUUAAGUGUGUUUGAAGACAUCCAGCUGCAGUCGACACUGGGAUAUAUCAAGGAAAAACACGACCUGCAGAAAGUGAAGAAGAAACUAAUCAGAAAUGCGGCGUUUGGGAACUUUUUUGGCGUGCUGGCCCUAUCCCAGUCGGGGCGACUCUCAAAGGAGCCCCCGGUCCUGCUGGAGUGCGUUCAGCUCCUGCAGAGCCUGGCCCAAUACAGGGAGCACCUGAAGGACCUGCCCAGGAAGACCAUGGUGGACAUCUUGUCUGAGACUACGGAGGAGGUGUUUGAGGAGGCGCUGCUGGGGGCUCUGCAGAGCGAUCUGUCGGCGGCCUUCAGCACCCCGGAGCAGCUGCAGCUCCUCCUGGUGGCCAUGCAGAGAUUCCCCGGCGUUCUCAAGCCCAAGAAGCUGAAGAAGCUCCUGGGGAGCGCCACUGUCGUCACCCAAGAGAACAUCCCAAAGCUGGUCGAGGUGUUAAAGAUGGCCGGUCGCUCUGUGAAGAAGGACCGCUUGCUCCCGGCCGUGGCGCUGGACCUGCUGCAGGUGGCCCUGAAGGAGGACAGCUUUGAGCUCUUCUGGAGGGAGGCCGUGGUCAAGGGGCUGCUGACCGAACAGUCGGGACCCAACAACUUCAUGUGCUACAGGCUCCUGGGCAGCGCCCUGCCUCUGCUCUCCCUCCCUCAGCUGCAGCAGGUGCUCUCCGGAGAGGUGAUGAAGCAUUAUGGGGAACACGUGGUCUCCGCUCAGCUCCCCGACCGCUUCAAAUUCGCCCCGGAGAUGGAGACCUACGUCGGGGACUUCCUGCAGGGCUGCUCGGACCCCGAGAGGCAGCUGGCCGUGACGCUGGGCUUCACCAAGCUCACCAACCAGGGCUACCCGGUGGUGCCCAGCUUCUGGAGGGUGGUGCAGUACCUGGAGCCGACGGUGCUGCGGCGCUACGUGGACUGGCUGAAGGGCAUGUUCUCCCACCCGCAGCUGGAGUCCUGCCUGGACUUCAGUACCCGCCGGCAGCAGGAGAACCAGGAGGCCGGAGUCCAGAACGAGCACCGCGUGUUCCGGCUGCGCAGGUGGAUCAUUCCACGCCUCACCUCCAUCGUGGAGAACCAGCAGGUGAAGAAGGACGAGGACCUGGUGAUGGAGGUGGCCAGAUUCGUUUUCUUCCAUACCUUUUUUGUCGCCAAAAAGUCCACCCCUGACAUCCCGGAGACAGAGACCAUCCCAUCGGUACCCGUGGAUGAGAAGACCCGCUCGGUCAUAGCCAACUCAUUCUUUGGGCUCCUUCAGCACCUAAACCACCGUCCCGUGCAGGGCGACGCCCCCGAGGCGCCGGCCCAAAACGAGAAGCGGGCCCAGGGCGCGAUGGCCGACGGGACGCUGUGGAUCUACCGCCUGGUCCAGUACGCGGACGUCCUGCUGAGGCAGGCCAAACACGUGCAGUGCGCUCAGCCGUUCACCCCCCAGCAGAGGCAGAGCUGGGACAGCAUGUUAACGUCCGUGGAGGCUCUUCAAAAGAAGGCCAAGAAGGCCCAGACUGAAGAGACCGCCGCCUUCCAGCAGCUCUUCCUGCUCGUGGGCAUUUACCUCUUCAGGGCAGCAGAGGAGAGUGUGGACCUAAUGCAGGAUCUGCAGAACUGCCUAGAGAAAGCCCAGGCUAAGAAAGCCAAGAAGAAGAAGAAGAAGGCGACAGGUACGGAGGAGGAGGCGGAGGAGGCGGAGCCGCAGUGGGCGGAGGUGAUGGUGGACAUCCUGCUCUCCCUCCUGUCCCAGCCCAGCCGAUUCGUCAGGCAGGUCUGCCGCACGGUGUUCGCCGGCAUCUGCCCCCACGUCACCCAGAGGGCCCUCGGCGCCAUACUGGACGUUCUGGAUCCUCAUAAGGAUGAGGAGGAUAGUUCUGUCAUGGUAACUGAUGAGAAAGACGAGGGCAAAAAAAGAAAGAGAGGUCAGCGGGAAGAGGAUGAAGAAGACGACCAGGAGGAGGAUGAAGAGGAGAUGGAGUCAUCAGAUCAAGACUCUGAUGAUGAUGACAAUGAGGAGGAGGAUGAUAAGGAUGAUGAAGCCUUGGAGGAGGACGAGGAUGCGGAGGAGGAAGAGGAGGUGGAUCAGAAUUUUCGCCUGGAGCUAAUGAAAGUUCUGCAGGGUCAGGGCGCUUUGGCCACCGAGGGGGACGACAGCGAGGAUGACGAGCUGGACGACGAGACCAUGAUGAAGCUGGACGGCAGCAUCUCCGCGCUCUUCGCCGAGCAGAAGAAGAGGAUCCAGGCCAAGAAGGACGAGAAGGAGAGGUUUCGCAAGGAGAAGGCCCUCGUCAGAGACUUUAAGAUCAAGGUGCUGGACCUGGUGGAGGUGUUCCUGUCCAAGCAGUCGGACAGCCCGCUGGUCCUGGGCAUCGUGGAGCCCCUGCUGAGCAUCAUCGAGAGCGGCAUGAGCUCCGAAACCAACCAGCAGGAGCAGGACUUCCUCCGCAAGACGGCCGACAUCUUCCGGAACCAGCUGUGCCGAGCCAAGCGGUACUGUAAGAACGUGGCGGGCAUGCAGGAGGACCUGCACGACAUGCUGGAGAGGGUGCUGACCCGGGCCCAGAGGCUGUCCGACUCCUCCGUCUCGCUCUACUUCUUCAGUGCGUCUCUCUACCUGGUUAAAGUCCUGAGGGGGAGUGUGUCUAAUGCUGCUGCUGGGAAGGAGGAGGAGGGUGGGGAAGAGUCAUCUACUGCACUACAGGGGGCGGACAUGGGCGGCGUGGACGUGGAGCGGGUGACCGGCCUUUUUAAGGGGGCUCUGCGCUCCUUCAUGACCCGCAGGAAGAGCGCGCUUUCGGGGGCCAUGUUCAUCGACCUGUUCACCAGAUUCCCCGUAUUGUGUGUCAGACUGCUGGAUUCUGCAGUAGAAUACAUCACAGAGGGAGUGAGGCAGCAUCAACAGGGUCAGGCGUGCGCCAUCGUGCUGAGGGGCCUGCAGACGAAGGAGGUGCGGCAGCUCAUGACCGACGCCCAGUGGGCGGAGCUCUGCGAGAAGACCGUUGGUCAGCUGGCGGAGACCCUGAGCUCCAUCACUGGCUACAAGAUCAAAGUGGUCCAUGAGAAGGUGGUAAAAGCCCUGGAGCUCAGUCAGUUCCUCGUCAGGAACAUUCAGCAGCAGAAGCUGUCGGUGAACCUGGAGCCGCUGAAGGAGGUUCUGCUCCCCAUGAACCAGCUGGAGGGGUUCCGGAAGACGGGUCAGCUGGAGGACACCUACUGGGGCGUGAUGAAGCAUUUCGGCAUCCUCAAGCCGAAAGUGGAGAAGGCCAAGAAGUCUGCGGAGGAGCAGGCCCAGCAGUCCGCCCCCAAGAAGAAGAAGAAAGGCUUCCUCCCGGAGACGAAGAAGCGCAAAAACCGCAAGAAGCAGGCGCCUCUGGAGGGGAAGGAGCCGGGGCAGGCGCCCGCACCGCCGCCGGGGGCGGCCCACGCUGCCGGGGAGGCCGGGGCGGGGCAGGCGGGGAAGAAGAAGAAUAAAAAGAACAGGAACAAGAAGAGAAAGCAGCAGGAGCAGGACGGCGGGAAGGAGCCCGGGCAGGCGGCCGCGAAGAAGGCCAAGACGCAGCCUCCCGCCAAACCAAAGAAGAAGAACAAGAAACAACAGCAAGGAGGCGAUACUUAAAUUAGAAAAUGGCAUUAACGAACACUGUACAAAACCCCCCCCCCCCCCCCCCCAGGGAUUACGUACGUGGGCUUCUCUGCCUAUUUUUGUAACUUGUUCUUGUGAAGUGCUCCUGUAAAACAUUAAAGGAUGUACAUAUAAAUGCAUCUGAUGGGACGAAAAGCCCAAAAUGUCUCUAGUUUUUAUGAUUUAGGCUGUGAUUAUGUUUUUUUGUUCCCCCCUGAAUUCACCGUUUAGUUUGCUGUCUUGCCAACAAAAUUUGAGCUUUUUAAAUUUGUUUUUAAUCUGGAGGUUGUACACUAACUACUCAUUUGUACCAGAAGAAGAUGGUUUUAAAUUAAAUCCUAUUUUAUUGUGCA